AUGGCGGGGUCGCGCGAAAGGCUACUGUACGAUAGAAGAACAGACUUGGAUUACGAAUAUGAGAGAAGACGACGCUACGAUCAUCGCUAUGAAGAAAACCGCUCAGAGCCGAACCGGUUCCGGAACGAUCGAUACCGAUACGAGCGCCCGCGACGAAACGGCUACGUCUACGAGGAUAUCUACUCGGACUUCGACGAGGCGCAGGGCCGCCUCUCUCUAUUCCGACCCAUCAGACCGGAAUAUCUAAACCUGCAGACGACCUACACCAAAUACAACUCACUACCGCGCAACUAUUACAACGAACGACGAUACAAAAAAGACUACUACGACUUCAGAAUCGAAGAGAGAAGGCCGCGCGAGUCUUAUGAUUACGAACGGAAACGAAGGCAAGAGUUCACGUCCAAACCGAAAAACGUCGCCGUAUGCAAGCCGUUGCGUUUACCGGAACAGAACGUCCGCUAUUGGACGACGGACUUCCCGAAGGAGAAGAAACGAAAGGACGAAACGAAGAAAAUCGUCAAGUUCUCAGAAGUUUCGGGAUGCCAGAAAAUGGUGGUGGACGACCCGGUGUGCGGGAAGAAAACGGUGGCGGCCAGAGAGCUAGAGGUCUCGCUAGACCAAAUGAUACAAAACGGGUAUUUCGAGAAGCACAACAUACCGAUACUGAAAGAACGGAAGGAUGCGAUAGUCGGUUCGGCUCCAAAUGGCAAAUGCUUAUCGGGCGAAACAAAGAAGCCGGUGACGCGCAAGUCUCGACAUCUACCUCAGGUUAUCGCUGCGUUGGCAGUCUCUCUGGCCCCGUUCUCAGCUGGCCUGGGUAAAGGCUAUAGUUCGCCAGCCAUUGCCUCGCUCCAAGGUCCCGGUAACACGACCAGACGGGACUUCCAGCUAACCGAUCAGCAGGCCUCGUGGCUCGCUUCGCUGUCAUUUCUUGGUGCCUUAUUCGGCGGCAUGGCUGGUGGUGCGGCCAUGCGUCACGGGAGACGCCGCGUGCUCUCACUGGCCGCCGCCCCCUGCAGCCUCUCCUGGCUUCUGACUGUUCUAGCCACCUCCGUGAGAAUGAUGUGCAUAACUGCUUUCCUGGGCGGGUUCUGCUGCUCCAUAUUAACAAUGCUCUCGCAGGUGUACAUCAGCGAAAUAUCCGUGCCAGACAUUCGCGGUUGUCUCAGCGCCGUCUUGAAGGUGGUCGGGCAUCUCGGGGUCCUCUUCAGCUUCACUAUUGGAGCUUACCUGGACUGGCAACAACUGGCUCUCUGCAUAUCCGCCGCUCCCUUACUGUUGUUCUGUACAGUGCUCUAUAUACCUGAAACACCGAGUUACCUCGUUCUCAUCGGAAAAGAUGAGGAGGCCUACAAAAGCCUUCUUUGGUUACGAGGCCCCAACUCGGACGUAGCGCAAGAACUGGCGACGAUACGAACGAACGUUCUAGCCAGUAAGAACUUCAGUCAGCGCCAAAGCCAAAUGACGAGUAGUCAACUAAUCAGCUCAUUAGAUGUAAGGACGAUGAAUCGUCUCCUUGGACCAAUACUAGUGACCUGUGGCCUCAUGAUGUUCCAGAGGUUUUCCGGUGCCCAUGCGUUCUCCUUUUACGCUGUGCCGAUUUUUAGGAAGACUUUUGGGGGCAUGAACCCCCACGGAGCAGCUAUAGCUGUCUCUUUCGUUCAACUUUUAGCUUCCUGCCUCUCCGGUCUCUUGAUAGACACCGUCGGUCGUCUUCCCUUAUUAAUAGUGAGUUCCGUUCUUAUGUCCAUGGCGUUGGCCGGUUUCGGCAGUUACGCGUAUUACGAGGAGGUGCACAGGAACCAGAGAAUUCAGAAUGUCAUGUUCCACCAGAGUGUUGGACAGAAUGACUGGAUUCCGCUGCUGUGCGUUUUGGUUUUCACCAUCGCGUUUUCCUUAGGCAUGAGCCCAAUCUCUUGGCUUCUGAUAAGCGAAUUGUUUCCGUUGGAGUACAGAGCUUUUGGCAGCGCAAUGGCGACCGCAUUUAGCUACCUUUGUGCGUUCGUCGGUGUCAAAACUUUUGUGGAUUUUCAGCAAGCGCUAGGUUUGUACGGCGCGUUUUGGUUGUACGCGUCCAUAAGUGUUGGAGGACUCUGCUUUGUCGUGUGCUGCGUGCCAGAAACGAAAGGCAGGGAUUUAGACGAAAUGGAUCCAAAUUAUGUGCAAAGUUUAUCUCCGAAGAGAUAA